AUGGCUACCGCUUGCUGGGUUCGAAAAAUUGUAGUCAAUAACAUCAAUGCGUUAUCCGUGUGGGCGAACACUACCACGAAUCUGUUGCAUUCCGCAUCAACUGCGCAGCCGUCCUCGCUUCCGCCGCUGGCUAACCCUGGCAUGGCGCCGCCGCCGCCGCCGCCGCCUUCACAGCCACGCGCCGCCGCCGCCUCCGGCGACGGCAGCGCCUCCGGCUCGAACGAGGACGGUCGCGAUGCGGACGGCGGCACUCCCUCCCCCGCGGACGCUCUGCCGCCUCUGCCCGCCGUCCACGGCUCCCCUACGGGCGGUCUGGUGUCCGCAUGCGACCCCCUGGUAUCGCCCAGCCGGUUCAGCGUGACCAAGGGCCGCCGCAGCGGCGGACGGAGCUUUCGCAGAUUGAUUGUUCCAUGGGCCAUGCUGCUGGUGGUGGUGCUGUUGGUGAUGGUCAGUCGGAGCCAACGGCUCUGUGAUCUGGCAGCACUCGACGCGGUCUGCGGGCGCCCCCCGCAGCAAGCCGAGCACCCCGCAGGGCCUGGAUCGGGGCCGGACACCUCCUCGGCCUCCAGUCUGAGCCUCAGCAGUACUCUCGCGGCCCUGCCCGACCUCUACCUCGCCAGCCAGUCGCAGCAGCAGCAGCAGCAGCAGUCGCGCUCGGCAAUGGUCAUCCCAGUGCCGGUUGGCGUGGAGAUGGAUAGGGCCCCGGCGGGUGCUGCGCUGGUCCCCAGUCCCCUGGCUGGCUCUAUGGACGGCCGGGCGCUGCGGGGCUGA